GAGUACUGCAUCGCCGCUGUCUGCUUGACAUUGAAGUGUAAAGGCAGCCAAAUGACUUUGGAUUUCUGUCUAGUUUGGCCCCUUGCAGACGCCGUACACGGUGAAAUGCAUUAUGGCCACUUCGUCGUGUCUGGACCCAGACCUGUUGCGGGAGGUGCUAGAGUGUCCCAUCUGCCUGGAGACCUACAACCAGGAGCAGCUGCGACCCAAGCUUUUGCAGUGCGGGCACUCCGUGUGCCGGCAGUGCCUGGAGAAGCUCCUGGCCAGCACCAUCAACGGUGUGCGUUGCCCUUUCUGCAGCAAGGUGUCCCGCAUGAGUAGCAUAUCUCAGCUGGCCGACAACCUCACCGUGCUGAAGCUCAUCGACUGUGCCAGCGCGUGUGGCUCCACGGCUGCCGGCCUCAUGUGCAAGUCCUGCAAGAUUCGGCUGCCGCGCCAGUACUGCCAGGACUGCGGUGCCGUGCUGUGCGAUGCCUGCAGGGCCGAGGGCCACAGGCACCAGGGCCACGCCGUGCAGACCAUCCAUGCUGCCGCCGAGCAGCGCCGCGAGGAGCUGGCUGGGAGGUUGGGCGCCCUCCGGGAGGCCAUGACCACCAUCCGGAGGAAGAAGGAGGCCGUGGAUGGCGUGGCCAAGUCCCUGAGGCUCAAGUACAAGGUGGUGCAGCAGGAGUACGCGCGGGCAGAGCUGCAGCUGCAGGAGGAGCUGGGCCGCUCACGCCGGGCCUUCGCGGCAUCCGUCGCGGAGGUGGAGAAGCUGAACGCUCAGGUGCUGGAGGAGCACACGUACCGGCUGAACGUCGCCGAGGUGCAGGUGGUGUCUCGCUGCGACUACCUCACCAUGAGGAUCAAGCAGACCGACAUCGCCCUGCUGGAGGAAGGCAGCGGUGGCGGGGGCGAGGAGGAGGAGGAGGAGGAGCUGGACCUCAAACGUGACCUGCCUGUCCUCCUCAAGCUCCAGGAGCCUGAGCUGGUCAAGGCCGAGAGCCUGCAGUCCCUGGAUGUGGGUCAGCUGACCACCAAAUCCUGUACCGUCAACACAGAUGAGGAGCAGGGGCAGGAGCUGGCCGCCGCUGCCGCCUCGGCAUCCGCCCCGCUGGACCUGUAUCGCGAAGUGGACAUGGUGAUUGCUGCAGAGGAGGCCGUGUGCGCCUCGCCCGGCAGCUUCAAGUCCAAAUCUGUGGACGGAGAGGCACCCACGUCGUCGUCGUCCAGGAGCAUGGCUGGGAGCCAGCUCUGCCAGUUCAUAAAGAAGAUGGGUUGCAAGGGCAACCUACCUGGAAUGUUUAACCUGCCCGUGAGCAUCUGUGUGACGCCCCAGGGCGACGUGCUGGUCGCUGAUCGCGGGAACUACCGCAUCCAGAUCUUCAAUCGCAAGGGCUUCCAGCGCGAGAUUCGCCGCAACCCCAGCAGCAUAGACAACUUUGUCCUGAGCUUUCUGGGCGCAGACCUGCCCAACCUUAUCCCCCUGUCUAUUGCAAUCACACCCCAGGGCCUGAUUGGGGUCACAGACAACUACGACAACUCCGUCAAGGUUUACACCACAGACGGCCACUGCGUCGCCUGCCAUAAGAACCAGCUGAUCAAGCCUUGGGGCAUAGCUGCCAUGCCCUCGGGGCAGUUCGUGGUGUCGGACGUGGAAGGGGGGAAGCUCUGGUGCUUGGCUGUGGAUCGCAAUGUCGGUGUGGUCAACUACAACAGGCUGUGCUCGGCUGUCAGACCAAAGUUCGUCACUUGCGACUCCUCGGGCACAGUGUACUUCACCCAGGGUCUCGGCCUGAACAUCGAGAACAGGCACAACGAGCACCACCUGGAGGGGGGCUUCUCCAUCGGCUCGGUGGGCAUGGACGGCCAGCUGGGUAAGCAGCUCAGUCACUUCUUCUCUGAGACGGAGGACUUCCGCUGCAUCACGGGCAUGUGCGUGGAUGCCAACGGGGACCUGCUGGUGACGGACAGCGGACGCAAGGAGAUCCUGCAGUUCCCCAAGGACGGGGGCUAUAACAUUCUGAUUCAGGAGGGGCUCACGUGCCCCGUGGGAGUGGCUGUCACUCACAAGGGGCAACUGCUAGUUUUAGACUGCUGGGACCACUGUGUCAAGGUGUACACGUAUUUACAGAAGCGGCGCUCCUCGACCUGCUGAGGGCCUGACCGUUCGCACGGGGGCCAUGGGGACGCGUUACCCAACCAGUCACUUUAGCUCGCCAACCGCGGUGUGAGAAACAUGGCGGCUAGCCUCCGUGAUCUCUGGUCUGUGGUUGGUGUGGUUUGGAGGAAGCAAAUUAACACGGACGGUUGAUAGUCUUUCACCACUGCCAGGGAGGGAUUGGAUUGUGGGCGGGGUUUACCGCUGCGAUGGCUUUGCUCACACGUCUUGGAAUACAGCACAAGAGACGGCAAUAAUUGACCUGUAUUGUCUUUGAUUUGGAGUGUUUGUCAAUCCAUAGUGUGUCUACAUCUGUGAUUAUUUUGACACCGGUGCUAUUAGCACUAAGAAGAAGGACUGUUGAGAGAAAUGAAAGGACUAUCACAAGACAACACCUUCAAGAUGGAAAACGGAUACAAAAUGGGUUAAAUAGCUAAAGUAUCUAAAAUGUUUAAUCACGAUGCAUAAAUUGACGUGUUUAUCCAUCUAUUACUGAUGCGAGUUUCUUGCUUAUCUUUUCCAUUACUCAUUUCUUCACUGUCAAAGUGCCCUCUUAAUACCUCUCAUAUCAAGGAACAAGUAGCCUCUUCUCAUUCUACAACAUAAUCAAAGUACAGUGUAACUACAUGCGAUAUUCUUGGUAUAAACUCAUUAAUACAAUGCUAAGUAGGUAGUUCUUAUCUUGAUUCAGUCUUCAGUCAUCAUUUCUGUGCUUGUUUUUGUACCAUAGGUUUGUGAAACCAUUUAUGUGUUCAUAGUUACCAAAGGCUUUCAAAAUCAGGAUAUUUAUAAGCAUGCGACCAGUACCACUAUGAGAGCUCAGAGACUGAAGGCAUGGAUGGCACCUCAGUCAAACAAUAUCUCAGAAAUGUUUAACAGAACAAUAUAAAUCUAAGUGAAUAUAGAAUAUAUAAGUCUAGAGCAUUGAAGUGUCCUUGUAUUUACGUGAUGAACCACAAGACUGUUGCUUUGUUCUCACAAUUGGUGGGUUGUUUAUGAGCAGGAAUUAUUAGAGUUUGUCAUAAUUUAACAGUAGGAAAUAUUAUACAUUUCCGGUUUAUUUUGUACUGUAGGUAUUUAAGACAAUGACUUGGUGUAACUUUAAGUAGUUAUGUUAUUUGAUUACCCUUAAACUGUCUUAAAUUCCUACUCAACUUAUUGGAAGAUACCACUUUUAAAAAAUAAAUAAUUUAACAUGAAAAGCUUUAUCCCAAACAUUAAAAUGAGUGAGUCUUUAGAUGAUCAUCUAUGUUUUGCAGAUCACUCUCAGUGUGCCACCCUCUGAAGUUUUAACUUUGUUCUUGAUGGGUGUGUGUACUGUCACUCCUUAAAGACCAGUUAUUAUCGAGACAAAAUCCCCUGAACCAGUGCCUGGUAAACAUGCAAAAUGGGAAGCGGUGGACAGUGUAGAGGCUGUCAGGAACAAUCACAUGCAUGUCUAGAACGUGACAUGAAGAUUUGCUAUUUUAUGGUCUGUUAAGGUUAGCAUGUCAUGCUGCAAGGUAAUAUCCAACACCAUAUUGUCAGGCCCAGGUUAUAGGGCAUGUUCCUCAUCGUUCCAUCUUUUUUUUUUUUUUUUUUUUUUUUUUUUUACAAAGUUUUUGCCUUUUUUUCCUGUUUCUUUUUUUUUAAUGAUUUUGCUACACGACAGUGCUGUGAACACGUCUUGCACUCUUGACACUACAGCGCGUGUUCUGGCACUGAAGCUGAUGUAAGUGAAAUAGGUCUCAUUCAUGUUUGUAUUGUUCAUGAUCAAUUCUGUGUGCAAUAAAUUCAGCGUAAUUCACAUUU